AUGAAAAGAUUUGAAACUAUUUCGAUUUCACUAAAACAACCGUUAAUCACUUUUUCUUUCUUUCUUUCUUUCUUUUUCAUUUUUUCUUCUUUCUUUCUUUCUUUUUCAUUUUUUCUUCUUUCUUUCUUUCUUUUUCAUUUUUUCUUUCUUUCUUUCUUUCUUUUUCAUUUUUUCUUCUUUCUUUCUUUCUUUUUCAUUUUUUCUUCUUUCUUUCUUUCUUUUUCAUUUUUUCUUCUUUCUUUCUUUCAUCUAAUUUCUUACUGUAACCAACUUGUAUUGGCAGGAGACGUUAAACACUUCUAUGUUAUCUUCUUUCUUUCUCUCUCUCUCUCUCUCUCUCUCUCUCUUUCUUUCUUUCUUUUUUCUUUCGUUCUUCCUUCCUUCCUUACUUCCUUCCCCAUCCAUCCUUCCUUCCGAUCCUUCCUUCCUUCCUUCCUUCCUUCCUUCCUUCCUUCCUUCCUUCCUUCCUUCCUUCCUUCCUUCCUUCCUUCCUUUUUCUCACUGAAACUAAUGUCUUCUCCUCUCCUUCCACGCGAUAAAAAACGGAAUAGUCCAUUAUCUAUGAGGUAUUGGCAGGAGACGUUAAACACUUCUAUGAUAUCUUCUUUCUUUCUUUCUUUCUUUCUUUCUUUCUUUCUUUCUUUCUUUCUUUCUUUCUUUCUUUCUUUUUCUCACUGA